CAUCAUUACACUCAUAUGGUUGCAUGGGCAGAAGGAUUGGAAGUUGCCAUUUUGUUUCCCUGCCUUAGUGCUUAUAGCAUGGCUUAUAUCUCCACACCAACUGGAAUCAACUAACACUUCCAUUUUGAGUUUAAAAUGGUAACUGUCAUGAAGAAAUAACUGUGACAACCACAACUUGCCUGGUUCUUCAAUGUGCAAUGACCCUUUUGCUUUUCUUCCUCGUAUUGGUUUUGGUUGCUACGUUCUCUUCUUUUUCUGUCUCUUCAUAUCGCUGGCUUUCCAAACCUCUUCUUGGAGAUGAUGAUGGAAGGAUCUAUGCUUGUUCUCAUAGCAACUUUUUUGCAUUUGAAAGCAACGGAACCAUUGCAUGGACCUUGCAUUUGGACUACAAAUGCAACCUUGGUAAUGCUCCAGUUCGUGGAGGUCAUGGCAAGGUAUAUUUGAUAGCUGAUAACAGAAUAUUGGUGAUUAAGUAUGGAAGCAUUGGAGGUUCUGAGCCAGAAGCAGAAGUUUUCUUUGGACCAAGACCAGGUCAACCAGCCGAGGCUGAAAUUAUUGGUCUCUCAGUGAGCACAUCAGGCUCAACUGUUUACAUCAAUGUCAAGAAUAGAGGACUCUUUGCAUAUCACUCACAUGGAAGUUUGCUUUGGAGUGUGGGUCCUGUGCUUUACCAAUUUGGCUACCGUCAAGGAUGCAGGAAAAACAUUUCAGAUUGUUACUUUGAUUCAUCUCCUGUGCUUGAUCAAUGUGAGGCUAGUAUAUAUAUCUCAAACACAGAAGGUGAACUCUAUUGUUUGUCGAUUCGAAGCCGUUACUUUAGAUGGAUUCAGGAUUUUAGUUCACUAGACAAAAAUUUCACCAUCACUCCUGGAAACAAUGGUCAUCUGUAUGUAACAGUUCCAACCAAGGCUCUGGUUCUGGCUCUAGAUGUCUUUUCUGGCAAUGUUUUGUGGCAGAGAAGUAUAGGGCCAUUAAGCAAAGUUGAUUCUGCUCCUAUAGUGGACUCUAAUGGAUGGAUAUCUAUUGGUUCAUUGGAUGGAUUCCUAUACUCAUUUUCUCCAAAUGGGGUUCUUAAGAAAUUCUCAAGAAUGAAUGCAGAGAACUCUAUGAUUCAAGUUGGACCUUUUCUUGAUUGCUCUGGAUUUGCAGUGUACAGUUCACAGAUAGAGAUGGAAGGAAAAGUUAGCCACACAACUGGUGAAUACACUCUUGUUUCAGCAAUUCGACCAAAAGGGGCAUUAUUCACUAUGUUGGUUCCUGCAACAGGAUCAAUCUAUUGGUCUGAAAGAUAUCCUGGUCAUGUUUCUACCUUAUUUUCUGAGAGUGAUCUAAGUCGUUUUGUCAUGAAUGAGGAAACUCUUCUUGCUUUCCUUGCUGCCUCAACAGAGAUUGGCACUCCACUGCAAUGCCGAACUAUAGGUCAGAAGCUUGCAUCAAGCUGCUCUCAAGAAAGAACCAAGCUUGUCAGCAUAUACACAGGCAACGAAAGGACCAUAGUAUUGUUUCUGUUCUUUGAGUCUUCUCUCAUGUUGGUACUAAUUGGACUUGUAAGAUUCUGCUGCACAUUUUGGGCAAAAAAGAAGCUCAAAAAUCAAGGCCUUGGAAGCUUCCUUGACAAGAGAUGCUCUCUUCAGCUGAAAAAGAAAGCUUUGGAUAGGACAAUCACAGAGCUUGAGCAAAAAGCUGCAGAGGAAACAGCAAUGAACAGUGAAGUUUUUGAAAAGUUGGGUGACACAGUAAGAGAAAGGGAGCAUAUAGAGAGGAAGCUCUCAAGCAGCUAUAGUUUGGGAAGGGACAGGACUGGUUCACAACCAAAACCUAUGCUUCCUGUACAUCAAAUGGGAAGAAGGAAAAGCUACUCAUUUGAAGAUGCAAAGCAAAAAAUGGUGACAGAAUUGCACACUUUAAGUGAUACAUCUUCUGGUGAAAGCAGCACUGAAGAAGAGGCUUGCAUGGUUGAAGACAUGGAGUCAUCAUCCACUGAGGCCACAGCACAAACACCUGUGGUGCAUUUGGAUUCUCCAAGCAGUGAAUAGUUUCAUCGGAAAAGGAACACUGGCACUUGUCUUCUGUAGUAGUAAUAUCUGUGAUUGUUAAACCAUGAUCAAAAUCACAAGUAGAGUUUUAAUGUAAAACAUGAUCCAAUGAU